CGCAAGUUACAAACCUAAAAAUUGGAAAAAACAAAUAACAUUUCUUUUCGGUGUAAAAUUGAUAUAAACAUUGCAAAAUAAUGUCUAAAGAAACGUUAGAAAUAAUUCUUUUUUAAGAAAAGUUCAUUAAUCAGAAUAUGCAAAUGUAUUUACAUUGAAUAAUAAAUUAACUUUUCGGCUACUUGCAGUAUUAUUUUUGUAAUUUUCGCUAAAAGCUAGAUGAACACGGAACUGCCUAUCAAAUAGAAUAAAUGCAUAUCAACGUUUUUCGGCAACUUUAACUCAAACAACGUCAAUAUGCGCAAUGUACGAAAAUUAUUGCGCAAGCUCAUCUGGGCAACUCUGUUACUCUUUUUCGCAAUAUCUGCUUUAGGAUUUUUUCUAAAUGGACCACGAGAAUAUGGAGACAACAAAUUCAAACUGCAAAAAAUGGAGGAGUCAAUUAAAUCACCAAUGAAUCAAGGUGAAUGCAAAAUUCCCGAUCUACCAAUAGAUAAUCCAGAGAUAAUGGCAUUCUAUAAGGAAACCCAAAAAAUCGAUUGUGGAAAUAAUCUAGAUGAUUGGGUUACAUGUGAGAAAUCGAUUUGUUUUGUCAAACCUGAGAUAACUGCGACCAAGGGUGAAGUGAUUUGCUCAUUCACCGAUAUAAUUCGAAAGACUGAUUACAAAGCCAAGUAUGGCAAGAUAACAAAAACUAAAGAACCUUAUGUUUUGCAACAAUCCGAUUUUGUGAAAGUUGCUUGUAGCGCUCAAAAUGGCGAUAGAUGGUAUGGAAUGGCAGCUGGAAUCCGUGAUACUGUUCAUAGAUCAGUAGAACAAACAGAAUUCCCACUCUACAACGUACUUAUGCUUGGUUUCGAUUCGUUAAGUCGAAACGCAUUCAUGCGAAAAUUACCAAAGACUUAUGAAUUUCUAGUCAAAGAAGCUCAAGCAAUGGUAUUGCAGGGAUACAAUAUCGUUGGAGAUGGAACACCACAAGCUUUGAUUCCAAUUUUAACUGGACGAAUGGAAUUGGAAUUGCCGGAAACGAGAAAACGCAAAAGAAACUCUGUAUCAGUGAAUGCGUAUCCAAUGGUGUGGAAGGAAUUUGAACGUAAUGGAUAUAUGACAUCCUUUAAUGAAGAUCUCCCAAAAUACGGUACAUUUACAUAUCGUAUGAAUGGUUUCGAUGAACAACCAACUGAUCAUUAUCUGAGAACAUUCUAUCUCGAAGUAGAGAAUAUAAUGCCUUCGAAUAAGAAAUUUUGUAUUGGCUAUCAACCAGGACAUCUUCUAAUGCUCGAUUAUACGAGAAAUUUCAUGGCCAAAUAUUCUGAUAAUCCGCGAUUUGUCUUCAGCUUCCACGGGGAGCUCUCACAUGACUCUAUCAAUAUAAUUGGCAGUGCUGAUGAUGACCUUGUAGAAUGGCUAACUAACCUCAAGGCAAAAAGGCUAUUAGAUGAUACAAUACUUAUUGUAAUGUCUGAUCAUGGAAAUAGAUUUUCUGAUGUUCGUAACACUCUGCAAGGUAAACAAGAAGAACGUUUACCAUUUUUCAGCUUUGCUUUCCCCGAAUCAUUUAAAAAUCGACAUCCACAGGAAUAUCGUAAUUUUGAAGAGAAUGUCAAUCGGUUGACUACACCCUUUGACAUCCAUGAAACUCUCAUCGAUAUUUUAAGUAAGAAUUUAAAACGAAACCCAUUCAAAACUGAAUUCUAAUUUUCAUUUCUUUUAGAUAUUCAAUCAAUUGAUGAUCGUACAGCUACAGAUUCUCCAAAAAAUAUCCCCAGAGGAAUAUCUCUAUUCAAACCUAUUCCACAAAAUCGUUCAUGUGCAAGUGCUUUCAUCGAACCGCAUUGGUGUGCAUGCCUAGAUUGGCGACAAAUUAACGAUACAUCAACGCCUCUCAUAAGAAAAAUCGCUCAAAGUAUGAUCACAACAAUCAAUGAUGCUUCCAAUAGUUUCCGUGAAAUUUGCGAACCAUUUGAAUUGAAAUUAAUUAAUUGGGCAUUGAAACUAACUCCGCACAAAGAACUUCUGAAAUUUAGAAAAAAUAAAGAUAUCGAUGGAUUCUUACCGGAUCUCUCGUCCGAUAUGGAUGUCCAUGAGGAAUUCUAUCAAAUACAGGUCACACUUAGUCCUGGCGAUGCACUCUUCGAAGCCAGUGUCAGCUAUAAUCUCAAAGACUUUCAAGCCUCAACAAAACUGUCACAGGUGUCACGGGUAAAUAAGUAUGGCAGUCAGGCAAACUGUAUAUACGACACAAAUCCAGAACUGAGAAAGUAUUGUUAUUGCAAAUAAAUAAAUAAAAAUUGCAAUUUACUUAAUUCAGUAUUGAUAUUAAUGCAAUCUCUUAUUUAAAAAAAAAAAAAAACAAAAAUCGGUCAUGCAACGUUUUUUAUAUACAUAUUUGUUUUUAUUAUAAAAAAAUAAACAUGGCUUUUGUACAAAAACAUAUUUAUGGUUUAAAGAUGAAUAAAAUAGUGUUAUUUUAAGUUU